AUGCGCGCCUUGUUCCGUCGAGAGGGUCGGCAGUGGCUGCGACAAGCCCGCGGCUUCGCCGCCGCGGCCCCCGCCGCCGAAGCGAAGAAGGCGUCCGCGGCCACCUUGGGCAAGGUCUCCCAGGUGAUUGGCGCCGUGGUGGACGUCCAGUUUGACACGGUGCUGCCGCCCAUCCUCAACGCGCUGGAAGUGCAGGGCUUCGAGCACCGCCUCGUCUUGGAGGUGGCCCAGCACUUGGGAGAGAACAUGGUGCGGACCAUUGCCAUGGACGGGACGGAUGGUCUCACGCGCGGCCAGUUGGUGGAGGACACCGGUGCGCCCAUCACGGUGCCAGUGGGUGAGCAGACGCUGGGCCGGAUCAUCAACAUUAUCGGCGAGCCCAUUGACGAGCUCGGGCCCAUCGACACCAAGAAGUUCUACGCCAUCCACAGGCCGACCCCGAUCUUCACGGAGAUGAACACCACGGCGCAGCAGCUUCUCACGGGCAUCAAGGUGGUGGACCUGUUGGCACCCUAUGCCAAAGGAGGAAAGAUCGGACUUUUCGGCGGUGCCGGCGUCGGCAAGACGGUCGUGAUCAUGGAGCUGAUUCACAACAUCGCCCUCAAGCACGGUGGCUACAGCGUUUUCGCUGGAGUGGGUGAGCGCACUCGUGAAGGCAACGACCUCUACCAUGAGAUGAUGGCCAGUGGUGUCAUCAAGAAGGACAAAGCGCCAGGCUCCAAGGCCGCCCUGGUGUAUGGCCAGAUGAACGAGCCCCCUGGCGCCCGCGCCCGCGUGGCCCUGACGGGGCUCACCGUGGCGGAGUACUUCCGUGACGAGGAGGGCCAGGAUGUGCUGCUGUUCGUCGACAACAUCUUCCGCUUCACCCAAGCGGGCUCCGAGGUGUCUGCACUUCUCGGUCGCAUUCCCAGUGCCGUGGGCUACCAGCCCACCUUGGCUACCGACUUGGCGUCGCUGCAGGAGCGCAUCACAACCACCCAGAAGGGCUCCAUCACCUCGGUCCAGGCCGUCUACGUCCCUGCCGAUGACCUGACCGAUCCGGCGCCCGCCACCACCUUCGCCCACCUGGAUGCCACCACGGUUUUGUCCCGCCAGAUUGCAGAGCUCGGAAUCUACCCGGCUGUGGACCCACUGGAUUCCACGUCGCGAAUGCUUGACCCAUCGAUCGUCGGACAGCGUCACUACGACAUUGCCCGCAGCACGCAGAAGAUUCUGCAAGACUACAAGUCCUUGCAGGACAUCAUUGCCAUCCUGGGAAUGGAUGAGCUCUCCGAGGAGGACAAGCUCACCGUGGCCCGAGCUCGCAAGGUCCAGCGAUUCUUGUCACAGCCAUUCUUUGUGGCCGAGAUCUUCACGGGCACCCCCGGAGCCUUUGUGGAUUUGGAGACCACCAUCAACGACUUCGAGGAGGUCCUCUCCGGAAACUGCGACGACAUCCCGGAGGCCGCAUUUUACAUGAUCGGCGGCAUGGCGGAUGUGAAGGAGAAGGCUGCGAAGCUUGCCGCCGUGGCAGCUGGCAAGUGA